AUGGCAAUGUGUUUUAUUAUUGGUAUUGCAGUAGUACUUUAUAUAGGAUAUCGAAUAUAUCAACAUUUUUUUCCAACUCCAGACAUCGACGCACGUGGUAAAUAUGUUUUAAUUUCAGGAUGUGAUACUGGUUUUGGUCAUGGAUUAGCUAUUGAACUCGAUAAACAAGGUUUCAAUGUUUUUGCCGGUGUUUAUCUUCAAGAUAAUAUCAUUUCAUUACAAAAUCAACUUUCAUCCAAAGCAACUGUUUUUCAACUUGAUAUUACUAAUCAAGAUGAUAUUGAUGCUGCGUUUGAAUUAGUCAAUCAGAAAACAAAAUUUCUACAUGCACUCGUGAACAAUGCGGGAAUUUCUGCUGGAUAUAUGAUUGAUUGGACCUCCGUAGAUACGAUGCGUAAAGUAAUGGAUGUGAAUCAUUUUGGACAUGUUGCAGUGACAAAAAAAUUCUUACCAUUACUUAUUGCUAAACGUGGUUCGCGAGUGGUUAAUAUUUGUUCAGCUGCUGGUUAUCUUGCUGCAGCGGGUAUGUCAUCAUACUCUGCAUCGAAAUAUGCAUUAGAAUCAUUCAGUGAUUGUCUUCGACGUGAGAUGUUUCAUUGGGGUUUAAAAGUUAGUAUAAUCGAACCAGGAUAUAUGCGCACACCAAUUAUUGAAGGACUUGUUAAACCUUAUCCUCAAUUUCUAACUUCACUUCCAAAUGAUGUUCAAGAACGAUGGGGAGAAGAAUAUCUUAAAGGAUGGCACACUAAAAUGGGACAAAAUCCAUUAAGAAAAAUUGCAGAUGAUCCACUUAAAGUUGUUCGAGCACUUCAACAUGCUGUUAUGAACACAGUUCCUCAUAUUCGUUAUCGUCCAGGCUGGCAAUCAAGUCUUAUGCUUUUUCCAAUUUCAAUGUUACCAGCUUGGAUUGCUGAUCCUCUUCUACGAAAAUUAUUUAAGUCAACUCUUGUUCCAGCAAGUAUCCGCAAUCAAUUGAAAGAUUAA